AUGGAUAAUUUAAAAUACCUACUGUUUCAAAUUUUAGCUCGAACAUUUGCCACAACAGGAUCAUGGAUCUGCCCUCACACUUGUAGAAUCGCUAUCCAGCCUUGUUAUCAUUGGGGAACAACACAGAAUUUGAAACGGGCUGUUCUUUGGCUUUCUGAAAAUCUAACUUUUGAUGUUGAUGCGAGGAUACAUCUUUUUGAGUGCAACAUAAGAGUUCUUGGAGGACUUGUUUCUGCUCAUAUUCUUGCAACUGAUUCUACAAACAGCUUGGUCCAAAGAAAUUAUAAGAAUCAACUUCUUAUCCUGCCUGAAGAUUUACGGCAGCGCUUUCUACCUGCUUUUGAUACCCCCACUGGAUUGCUAUAUGCAUGGAUUAACUUGAAGAAUCAUCAAUGGUGCUUUGCAUUUGCUGUAGUAGCAUGGUUUCAAAUGUUUGCAUUGUGUUAG